AUGUCAAAGGUAAAAACUUUAACAUUAGCUUUUGCUUUAAUCUUCUUGGUUUUAUUAUGUUACCAAGUUUUAACAGGGACAGGAUCUGGUGUCACCUAUAGGGAGAUACCUUGCAGCGAAAUAGAAGGAAUGGCAAUAAGAGUGUUUGGAAAUAGUGCUGAUGAUUUUGGUAUUUGUCGAUGUGUUAGGAGUACAGAAAGAAAGGUUGUACGUUUUUUAUAUUUUAUAAUCCAUCUUAAUAUAAGCGUUUUUGCAUUUAUUUCAAUUUUGUUUAAACAAUCAAAAAUAAAUUUAAUUUUAAUGGCUGGAUUUGCAUGUGAACGUGCUCUUGGUUUUUACACUUUUGAUGAUAAAAUUAUAAAUGAUUAUAAUUUUCAAUAUUGCCUAGUUUUAGGAAAUUCUGCAUCAGCAACUAAAAAUUCUGCAUCCAUAGAUAAAUAUAAAUUUUUAAGUUUUCCCCACAAAGAAAGUAAAUCCUCAAAACUUAAGCCAACAAUUUUUUUAUGCAAGCUUUCACUAUAA